ACCAGACGCCUUUAAAGAAGAGAUACCGAGAGAUACUGGCUCUUUGCCUUUACUGUAUUUGUUUUCAUUUUCUGAAGCUGACCAAUCCCAGUUCGGACUGGGAGGAGACCAGCCCGCCUUCAGGAAAGACACGCCUCUAUGUUCAAGGAACACCGCUUCAUACAUACACUGUUGUUAGCGACGCAGCCGCUACGGACAAUUUCAUUUUUGACAUUUUUCCACUUGAGACCAGCUCACAAAACCUCACAUCUUGCCACAGGUGAAUGCAAGAGUAGCGGUUUCUCCUGGUUGGGCCCCGUUACGCUGGUGGCAGUCCUGCGAGCCCCUUUGAGUAUGUGUAUACAAUGAAGAGGCGUGUGGAGGACCAGGAACCAAUAUUUGCAUCCCAGCAACAGCAAUCACGUCGCCCCCCAGUUCAGGGUAUUGCAGAGAGCUUCCAGCACCGGGCCCUCGCCCCGGCCCCUACUGUGAUAGAGGCAGCCGCAGACAACAUGCAGCCCUCCACCGGCAUCCAGUAUUCUCUCCCCCAGGGCUACCAGGUGCCUACAAUGCCUCAGAGCACAGGAGGUCAUGGACAUAACAGUACUGCACCUCAUGUUGGGCCCCAUGCACACAGCAUAGCAGUUCAGUCCCAGGGCCCUGCAGUGGUCCAGGGACACGUUCAUCCACCUGCACCCUUGACUUCAGCCCAGGGACAGCAGCAGUUUCAGCGACUGAAGGUUGAAGAUGCCCUGUCCUAUCUGGAUCAAGUGAAGCUGCAGUUUGGGAAUCAGCCACAAGUUUAUAAUGAUUUCCUUGAUAUUAUGAAAGAGUUCAAGUCACAGAGCAUAGACACUCCUGGAGUUAUCAGCCGUGUGUCCCAACUCUUCAAGGGCCAUCCAGACCUCAUCAUGGGUUUCAACACUUUCUUGCCACCCGGAUAUAAGAUUGAGGUUCAAACCAACGAUCUGGUCAAUGUGACCACGCCAGGUCAGAUUCACUACAUUACCCCUCAUGGUAUCUCUGUUCAGAACAUCCCUGUAAGUGGAGCAUCCAGCCAACCUGCGAGCCAACACCAGCACCAGAGUCUGCCACAGGCUGGCCCGCACACCACCACCACUACCACUACCACCCCACCCAUCCCCGCCCAGCCUGCAGCAAACAAAACCAACAAGCCGAUGCAGUCUCCAGCCCACACCCCCACCAGCCAGCCCAACCCAUCCAUCCCAUCCUACGCCUCACCGCGCUCGCCUUCAGUCCAAUCCCACACUCCUGUGAGCAGCACACCGUCCGGUGGGCCACCUCUCCAGAACAACCAGCCUGUGGAGUUCAAUCACGCUAUAAACUACGUCAACAAGAUCAAGAACCGCUUCCAGGACCAGCCAGACAUCUACAAAGCCUUCCUGGAAAUCCUGCACACAUACCAGAAGGAACAACGAAAUGCUAAAGAGGCAGGAGGCAACUACACCCCAGCGCUGACUGAGCAGGAGGUCUACACUCAGGUGGCGAGGCUCUUCAAGAACCAGGAAGACCUGCUCUCAGAGUUUGGACAGUUCCUCCCUGAUGCAAACAGCUCAGUGCUGUUGAGCAAGACUGCGCCAGACAGGGCAGAGUCAGUGCGUAACGAUCACGGCGGCACAGUAAAGAGACCUUUACUAAACAACAAACAAAGACUGAGCCAGAACGGCCUGCCGAUCAGGAGACCUGUGGGAGUUGGAGUCACGCCACCUGUCAAGAAGAAACCCAAAAUAGGGAUGAAGGACCAUGGCAUGACUGAAGUCAGCAAACACAGCACCAGCACUGAAACUAUGUUCUUUGAGAAGGUAAAGAAGGCUCUUAGGAGCUCUGAGGCGUAUGACAACUUUCUGCGGUGUCUGCACAUCUUCAACCAGGAAGUGAUUUCACGUGCUGAGCUGGUUCAAUUAGUCAUCCCAUUUCUUGGAAAAUUCCCAGAGCUUUUUACAUGGUUUAAAAACUUCCUGGGCUACCGAGAAUCAAGCCACGGUGAGUCGAGCCAAGCGGAGAGUUUACCCAAGGAGCGUGCAACGGAGGGUAUCGCCAUGGAGAUUGACUAUGCUUCCUGCAAGAGGCUGGGGUCCAGCUACAGAGCACUGCCAAAAAGCUACCAGCAGCCUAAGUGCACAGGGAGGACGCCACUGUGCAGAGAAGUUCUGAAUGACACAUGGGUGUCGUUUCCAUCAUGGUCUGAGGAUUCUACAGUUGUAAGCUCCAAGAAGACUCAGUAUGAGGAGCACAUUUACAGAUGUGAGGAUGAGCGCUUUGAGCUGGAUGUCGUGUUGGAGACCAACCUUGCCACGAUACGAGUCCUCGAGACAGUGCAGCGACGGCUUUCUCGCAUGUCUGCUGAGGAGCAGCUGCGCUUCAAGCUGGACAACACAUUGGGCGGCUCCUCAGAGGUCAUUCAUCGCAAAGCUAUCCAGAGGAUAUAUGGGGACAAGGCCCACGACAUCAUCGACGGGCUUAAGAAGAACCCAGCUGUGUCCGUCCCCAUAGUGCUCAAGAGGUUAAAAAUAAAGGAGGAGGAGUGGAGAGAAGCUCAGAGAGGCUUCAACAAAAUCUGGCGGGAGCAGAAUGAGAAAUAUUACCUGAAGUCACUCGACCAUCAAGGCAUCAACUUCAAGCAGAAUGAUACCAAAGUGUUUCGCUCAAAGACCCUGCUCAAUGAAAUCGAGAUGCUGUAUGAUGAGCGCCAGGAGCGAGCAUCAGAGGAAACUGCCACACCGCCUCCCAGCGGCCCGCACAUGAACCUGACCUACGAUGACAGCCAGAUCCUGGAGGACGCCGCUGCCCUCAUCAUCCACCAUGUCAAAAGACAAGUUGGCAUCCAGAAAGAAGACAAGUACAAGAUCAAACAGAUCAUCCACCACUUCAUCCCUGACCUGCUUUUUGCACGGCGAGGUGAGCUCUCUGAUGUGGAGGAAGAGGAAGAAGAGGAGGAAGAGGACAUGGACGUGGAUCAAGACGGUCCCAAGAAGCACAACGGCCUGCCGGGCAACAGCCCAUCAAAGUCCAAGCUCCUCUUCAGCAACACGGCGGCUCAGAAGCUUCGGGGCACAGACGAUGCUUAUAAUCUGUUCUUCGUGAACAACUACUGGUAUAUCUUCCUUCGUCUUCAUCACAUCCUCUGCUCUCGUUUGCUGCGAAUCUACGGGCAGGCGGAGAAGCAGAUUGAGGAGGAUGCCCGUGAGAAAGAGUGGGAAAGAGAAGUGUUGGGGCUGAAAAGAGAAAAGAAUGAAAAUCCAGCAAUUCAGCUUAAGAUGAAGGAGCCUAUGGAUGUCGAUGUAGAAGACUAUUACUCGGUCUUUCUGGAGAUGGUGCGUAACCUUUUGGAUGGAAACAUGGAGCCGGCUCAGUACGAGGACUCCUUGAGGGAAAUGUUUACUAUCCACGCCUACACUGCCUUCACCAUGGACAAACUCAUCCAGAGCAUUGUCCGGCAGCUCCAGCACCUUGUCACUGAUGAUGUGUGUGCACGUGUGACGGACUUAUACCUGAGCGAAAGUGCCAAUAAAGCCACAGGGGGCACGCUGUCCACGCAGGCGUCCAGGGCCUCAGCAGAGGGCACCUACCAGCGCAAAGCAGAGCAGCUUAUGUCUGAUGAGAACUGCUUCAAGUUGAUGUUUAUGAAGAACCGAGGUUCUGUCAGUCUGGCCAUGGAGCUGCUGGACACAGAAGAGGAGAACUCUGAUGAGCCAGCUGAGGCAGAGAGGUGGUCAGACUACGUGGGCAGAUACCUGAACUCAGAUUCAGCCUCCCCAGAGCUGCGUGAGCAUUUGGCCCAGAAGCCGGUGUUCCUCCCCAGGAAUUUGAGAAGGAUAAGGAAGUGUCAGAGAGGAUGGGAACAACUGCAACAGGAGAGAAUGACCAAGGGCACCUCCGACAAGUCGCAGGACGGCAAGAGCGAACUAAAGAUGGAGUGCAUGUUCAAGCUCAACUCCUACAAGAUGGUGUACGUCUGUAAAUCAGAAGACUACAUGUACAGGCACACAGCGCUCACGCGGGCUCAUCAGUCCCAACAGCGGGUCAACACACGCCUGCACAGACGCUUUCAGACCUGGCUGGACUCCUGGGCCAAGGAGCACGUGACGAGCGACAUGGCUGCCGACAACCGCAAGUGGCUGAUGGGAGACGGACAAGAAGGCCUGGUGCCUUGUACCACCUCCUCCAACCCCGAGGUCCUCCAUUAUCUCAACAUUAACAAGUACCGGGUGAAGUACAGAACACUGUAGUUUCUCUGAAGGAUGAACUGUGGCUGUGAUCGUCAUCACACGACAGACUGCCAGUAAUGACUUUAAAUAUACAGCAGCUUCAUGCGGAUCUUUCAAAACCUGCCGUUACUGGAUUCAGUUGCCAAAUGUUGUGUGGUUAUCAGUCCAGGGUUCACAUUGGAUUCCAAGUUUUUUCCCCUUUUUUUUUUACAUAUGCGGGCGGAACCGUUUCAGGAACUUUGUGCUAACUUUUAAGCUUACACUGCAAAGUCUGCAAUGCCUGUGAAAUAGUAGUUUUGCAGGUAUUGCUGUCACUAGAUUGGAGAAAAAACCCCCACUUUUUUUUAGUAAGUCCAAAAAAAUAUUAAAUGCAGAUUUUUAUAUUAGUUAAUGAAACAAAAAAAGCACUCCUUGCUGCAUUUCCUCUCUGGAAUAACUCACAAUUUGAACAAAACACCCGGUUAAACAUUUCGUAAAACAUACUUAACAAUUAAUUAGCUGUUUUUGGAGGACCACAGGAAAUAAAAACAAACAACCUCAGUUUUUUUUUCUUUAGGUAGCAACAACUUGGACCUUUUACCUCUGUGAAAAUGUGCAUACUCUGACUUGGAGCUUAAUCUGGCUUCCAGCUGUAAAAUUGUAUAGCCUGUGAAUGUUUUCUUUUUUUUGAUGGUAAAGGUGCAAUAAUGCACUGUAUAUUCAACAUCUCUGGCAACUGCUGGGAAGCUGCUUGGCAUCAGUACAAUGUCAGCAGAGUGUAUCAAGUACAGUAAGUUAUGA